AUGACGUUGAGGAAUCCUCAAUGGGUGUCGCAUCCUAGGGGGGUCUUUGUCCUCUUGGAGCACCUGGAAGGGGUAGUGGCAAAACCAAGCUUAGUUGAAGCCUCUCGGUUCAUCAUGAAGUACUUCUAUGGCCUACAGAGAAAGAAGUUUGAAACAAUGACUAGCUGGAUCACACGGCAUUCAGAAGCCUUGUGGGAAGCGUCACAGUCUCUGAGGAGGGUUCAAAAAGAAUAUGGACCAAGAACCAAAGCAGAAAGUAGUCAAGGGUGGCAUGAUCAUGGCCCUCGGAGUGGGGUUCCUAGCCAGACAGGCUCAGUGUCAGGCGAUCCUGGACCCUUUAGAGAUGAUGGUCGGUUGGACGAGGCUGACGAUGACGAGGAGAACUUUGGGAACUAUGGCUGGUGGCAAGGGCCACAUCAGGAUUGGCGAGCUCAGGGGUAUGGCAACUACGGGUGGUCAGACUGGGGUUACCAAUCUUGGCAUUCCAAGGAAUACGAGCCACCGGAAAGCUGGGACACAUCUUCUGAAGUGUUCUUACCAGAGUUCCUAGUGGGGUUCCUCCUCUUACAUCGGAGUGGCCUUGACACACAUGAACGAGCAAAUGUGCUCGCUGCGAUCCGGGGCGAAUUCUCUCCGCAGACCGUGGCCAAGGCACUUCGAGCACAGUGGUCCGAUGACGACCUCAACAAGCGGGAUCGGGCAAAGUUCGGGGCAGCAAUGACAGCUGUCGGAGGCGAGGAUGAGGAGCUGGAGGCUCUGAUGGUGGAUGAUGAUGAUCACCUUCAAGAUCUCUCUCACGAAGACCAACAGGCCUACAUGCUUGAACAAUCCCGAGUUGAUGAAGCUCUAGCUGCCAUCCAGACUCAGAAAACAACUCUCAAAGAAGCACGAUGGAAGCAGAAACAACUGAAGCUUGGAAGCGGAUACUUUCCUCCGAAGCCAUACCAAAGACCAGGACCCAGUGGGGGCUCAACAAAGAAGCCCGUGGGAGAAGGGUGCUUCAAAUGCGGAGGACCGCAUCUCGCUCGCGACUGCCCAAAGAAGAUGGAGAAGGAGGCAAGAGUGAGUGAGGAGGCGGCCGAGAUCGCUUUUGGAGUCACUCGCAUUCAGGAGGACGACAACCUCUACGGCUCUGUGGUCGAAGAGACAGCCAUGGAAGCAGUGGCGCUCAAGGCUCUCGGGGCUGUCAUUGACUUUGAGGAGGGUACCAUCAUCUACAAGCGGAUCAACAAGCAAAAGGUGGUCAAGCUCAGGGAGGCAGCCAACGGUCACCUUCUGAUGCCUCUGACCGGGAAUUUGCUUUUAGGCCUCACUUCAAUGCCGGCACCAACGACGCGUGCUCAGUGGGUAUCCCUGUUGGCCGAGAAGGGGACCGUGGUGCCCGACUCCUGGAGCGUCAUGCAGAUGAAAGCCCACUUGGCAGAACUCCAGCAGAAAGACCAACCAAUCAGCAAUGGAGAAAUGGAGGUGCGCAUCAAGGCUUUGAAGAAGGCAUCGAACCGCCUUGCCGACUUGGUGAACUUCCUGACAAAGGAGGGGAUUCCCUACAGUCAACAUGCCACCAUCGCCCAACUUUAUGCGAAGGGAGAACAAGCCAUCACCGAGGACUACGAGCCCCAGGGCAAGGAGCUGAUGGGCUUUGGGAAGUUCGGAGGCCUCACCAUGGAGGAAGUGAUGGAUCGUCACCCCAGCUACAUGAAAUGGGUGGUGGACACCUACCAGGAGACGGAUCAGUUUCACUGGAGGCUGAAAAGGGCAGCCGUGUAUGCCAUGCAGGCUCAGGCCAAGAAGGACUACCAGGAACCACAUCCCCAGAACACCAAGUCCAAGAAGGCAACUCCGCACAUCAGUGCGGCCGGCAGCGAUGGCAGUUUCGAGAAAGUGUCGGAGGGCAAGCACGAGUUUUCUCCGACUCAGUCUUUCCAGAAGACCAAGCACGUUUCCACGGACGCAGAGACCCAGAUUGCAGAGCUCCAGCUGAAGAUUCAGCAGCUCGAGAACGAGAAAGCCGAGAUGGAACUCCAGGCAGCCCGCAGCAAGAACCGGAAGGAAACCUUUGCAGCAGAAGAUGCGCAAGAACCACAAGACGAAGGUGAGGAGAUCACCAAGGAGGAGAAAAAGACCAUCGAGGCCAAGAUUCAGCAUAUUCAUCGCACCACAGGACAUGGGAGCAUGAGGAGCUUGGUGGAACUCUGGCUUCCCAUCUUUGGCAAACCACGUGGAGUUCGAGUGGACCCGGCAGGGGCAUGGCUGAACACACAAGCGAUCAGCGCCGUGGAACAAGGGAUCAAGACCGUCAAGGGUAUCAUGGAAUCUUUGGCUACUGACUUUGUGGACAUGGAAAUUCGUGAACUUUUUGCUAGAAGUAUUUGGGUUUGCAACAACCAGGAGAUCUAUAAGGGAUAUUCUCCACUACAACAUGCGUUAGGUUUCCAAGAAGAUGCCACUAUGAGAUGCAAGGCGGAGAAGGCCUUUGCAGAGGAACAGGCCAAGCGGAGACUGGAAAGUCCCGCUUGGGUGAUUGCUACCGAGACAAGAAAGGAUGAGGAAUCAAGAAAAGCAUAUGAGAUUGACCUUCAACUUCCUAGCAGCAAGCGAGGAAUCAAGAAGUUCACGCAGAACCCCGAGGCUUACAUGGUCAACCAACUGAAAAGAAGGCAGGUAGAGGUGAGGGAGAAAACAUUGACAAAGGAUGAAGCACUACAAUUUCAUGCAGCAAAACAAACUGAAGUUCGCAACUUUUUGGCUUCUCAAUGUUUCAAAUCCCUUGGUGACCAUAUUCCAGAGGAAUCCAAAGUUUUGGGAAUGCGCUGGCUUCUGACAUGGAAGUAUGAUCCAAAGUAUGAAGACGGAAAGAAAGCGAAGGCCAGGGCAGUCGUUUUAGGCUAUCAAGAUCCUGAAUAUGCAACACGACAAACCUCGGCACCAACACCAUCGAAAGCAGGUCGACAAUUAUUUUUACAAUAUUGUGCGUAUCGCAAGUUUCGGUUAGCCAAGGGUGAUGUCAGCGGUGCGUUUUUGCAAGGAAUGGACAUGCGAGAAGAACUCUGGUGUCGGCCACUACCCGAGAUGUGCGAGCAACUUGGGAUUGAGGAAGGCACUCCGAUGCUUUUGACAAAGGCAGCAUAUGGUUUGGUACAGGAACUUCCAACCACGGACAAGGAGAAGAGUGCUCUACGAGGACUUUUGGGAAGUCUCUCGUGGCUAUGUGGGCAAACAUGUUUCAUGUACUCAGUGGAUGUCAAUUUUCUUAUUACAUGUAUUCCAGUGAGCACCGUGGGCGAGAUUGUGAAAGCAAAUGCACUGGUGAGGAAUGUGAAAAAGUGGCAUUUACAAGAAUUUCAAAUUCACAGUUUUCAUCCUGAAGACGAAUUACACAUGGUAUGCUGGACAGACGCUGCGUGGGCCAAUAGGCCAAACGGAAAAGACAGCACAGAGGGAAUUUUCAUUGGAAUGACCAGUCAAAACCUGCUGCAAGGUCAUGAGACCAAUGUGUCCCCGAUAUUUUGGAGAUCAGCGAAAACUGAACGGACAUGCAGAUCCCCGGCAUGUGCUGAAACUAUGGCUGCACUAGAUGGUGAGGAUGACUUAUUGUACCUCAGAGUGCUUUGGUGGGAAAUCAGCGGAGGGCAUGUCAACACACGCUAUCCAAAUGAAGCUGCCCGUCAAACACCUGGUAUUAUUGUGACUGAUGCUCGAAAUUUAUAUGACAAACUACACCGAGCUACAGUAUGUAUCAAGGGAGCUGAAAAACGGAGUGAUAUUGAGGCCAUAAGUCUGCGAGAAAAUGCUGAAGAUAGUGGCGUUCAAUUCAACUGGGUACAUGGGGGAGCAAUGAUAGCAAAUUCUCUUACCAAAACCACAGAAAAAGCUCAAGCUCUUUUAUACAUACAAAUGGGAUUUCGCUACAAGAUCGUGCAAGAUGACCAGGGAAGAUCCGAGAAAGUCAGGAGAAAAGAAGGUCUGACACCUAUGGAGGACACCUGUAUCGAUCUCGAUCGACAGCGCACACAAAACACACACACAGCCGUUUCAAAGUGA